CCUGGGAGGAGCGUGCGUGACACAUCAAAACGUAAUGAAAACAGACAGCUCAGCGGCUCACAAACAGGCAGCGGUGCUCAGGGAUCCGUGCGAUCAGACGGCUGUCAAAAAGCCACGAAAACAUCGGAAUUAUUAAAAAAUAUCAUCGUUGCCUCCAACUAUAACCCUACAGACCGACACGAGAACGGGAUUUGGUUGUGGAGAUUUUACUACUGUCGGCUGUCAAGAUAUUUGUAUGUGAUGGAGCUGCCACAUUUAGGAGAACACUGCUCUGAGCAGACCUGCAAACGUUUAGAUUUUCUUCCUAUGAAAUGUGACGCCUGUCAAGAGAUUUUCUGUAAGGACCACAUCACCUAUGCAACUCACAAAUGCAUGUCCGCUUACCAAAAGGACAUCCAGGUCCCAGUAUGUCCUUUGUGCAACAUCCCCAUCCCUGUAAAGAGAGGAGAGAUGCCCGACAUUAAAGUCGGCGAACACAUUGAUCGGGAUUGCAAAUCGGACCCUGCGCAGAGAAAGAGAAAGAUUUUCACCAAUAAAUGUUCUAGAGGGGGGUGUAAGCAGAAGGAAAUGAUCCGAGUGACCUGUGACCAGUGUCAUUUAAACUACUGUCUUAAGCACCGACACUCUCUAGAUCACGAAUGCAAGACUGGUGGGGCACCUCCGUCUAAAUCAGGAAAUGCUGCUCUAAUGAGGACCCAAGCUGCUUCCUCCAGCUCUGCCUCUGGUUCUAGGUCUAGUUCCUCCAGUUCAGGACCCUCUAGACCCUUUUCUAACGGUGUCAGUGCAAACAGAGGCCAAAGCUCUGGUGCUACCCCUCGGAUUCCUACUUCAGCCUCUGCACAGAGUGUAAUGCCACCAUCGGCAUCAUUUCAGGCCGGAUUGACGGAGGAUCAGGCUUUACAAAGGGCUCUGGAGAUGUCUUUGGCUGAAACGAGGCCGGCAGUUCAGCCGCCUCUAACCCCUCAGGAGCAGGAGGACCAGGCUCUGGCUCAGGCUCUCGCUGCCAGUGAGGAAGAGUACAGACGCCAGCAGCAGAGACAACAGGUGAGAGAGUCCAAACCCUCCAACUGCAGCCUUUUUUAAUCUGAGCACCACUUAGACUUCAAGCUGAGCUUAUUAUCUACUGGAACCUGCACAUCUGGGAUACCGACAUCCAGGAUCAAUGAUUGUUAAUGAAGAAAUCCUCUUGGAAGUUGCUGAGAUAUUACCGCCUUCUACAAUAUAAGCACAUACUUUCCUAGCAGGAUCUGUCAUUUUUACUAAUGCUUUGCUUUGUACAUAUUUUAUAUGCCAACCAUGAUGAACCCAUUAUAUUACCAUAUAUGAAUAUCCAAUAAAUUAUUUCAAUCAUGCA